AUGAUGGACGAAAUGCAUUCCAGAAACAUGGAGAAUCGAGAAGAACAGGAGCGUCCUAAAGGACCAGUUAUAAAGACACUCAAAUCCAAACACAAGGGCCCAGUAGAGGAUGGUGUUACAAUAGUUGACUGUGGACCAAUAUGUAAACGGUUUGGUCUUGCAUGGCUUUUCACCUGUAAACGUGCGUGGUGUGUCAGGGACAUCUGUGGUUGGGUCUGUGCUGUUAUUACAUGGCUUCUGGUCCUGUAUGCUGAAUAUGUUGUGUUUUUUGUCAUGCUGUGGUAUAAUCCCAACACAGAGUGGAGCCUUAUCAAUGGAAUUAUAUUUCAAUUCUUUGCCUUCUUAGCUGUUGCCUCACACCUUCGGACGAUGUUGUCAGACCCUGGCGCUGUUCCAAAAGGAAAUGCUACUAAAGAAAACAUACAGAGAAUGCAUUUAGAAGAUGGACAAGUGAUAUUUAAAUGUCCAAAGUGUGUCAGCAUCAAACCUGAGAGAGCUCACCACUGCAGUGUCUGCCAAAGGUGUAUAAGGAAGAUGGACCACCACUGUCCCUGGGUGAACAACUGUGUGGGAGAAAAGAAUCAAAAAUUUUUUGUACUCUUUACAAUGUAUAUAUGUAUUAUAUCAUGUCAUGCACUGUAUAUGUCCAUAACCCAUUUCAUCAUGUGCGUCGGGAAGGAGUGGAAACAUUGUUCAGGGAUUUCACCACCAGCUACAACAGUUUUCCUAAUAUUCCUCAUCUUUGAGAGUCUGCUGUUUGGCAUAUUUACUGCUAUCAUGUGUGGCACACAGCUGUCUAGCAUCUGUACUGAUGAAACAGGCAUUGAACACCUAAAGAAAGAGCAGCCGACUUGGGAACAGAAGUCUAAAUGGUUCAGCAUAAAGACAGUAUUUGGACAUCCUUUUAGCUGGAAGUGGUUCUCUCCCUUUGAUACUCCAAAGUUUACGUAUUCUCAGUCCUAUCUCUACUCUGUGUAA